GAGGGCACACCCUUAUCAUCACCACAUCACUCCAUACUCUGAUUUGCUCUCAGCCAAGACGGGAGCAAUAAAAUCCGAGUGGGUCUUGAAAGGUCACGAGUCUUUGUUUUUCCCCAGUCUGACGGAACUAGUCGACAUAAAUAUCCAUCGAUCGCAAAUUUUAUUAAUUGUGUCACAUAUCCUCCAGCUGCUCGCUAGGCCUACAAUCUAGCUUUAUUCCCCUCUUGGUUUUCUCUCCCUUGCAACACCCACGCACCAAUCACAGGCAUCCUCCUACCCUUUCAUCCCACCUCUCUCUCUCUCUCUGUCUCAUCCAAUCCGGUUUGUGAGCUACUAUAAACACCAUGGACGUGUCAAUCCUGCUCCAGAUAGCUCUCAGUUGUGGGGUAGUCUUACUGUACUCGCUCAUCGGUCACUUCCUUCUGAAUUGCCUGGGUUUCCGAAGACGUUCUGAAGAUCAGGCUCACGACGAUGAGAAGGAAGAGGAAGAAGAGGAAGAGGAAGAGGAAAUGAAAUCCGAUGUCUCUGCAACUUCUAACGACGCGCUUCAUCUUCUUCGCUUGACCAAUGCCUUCUGCCCACCGAGAACUGAGCCUUCCAUCUUUGGUCGCGACGUGUCAAAUCCAAGGGACAAUUGCUACUACCCAGAAGAUGAAGACGAGUUUGGUGAAGACAACUUUUCGGACGUGCUUGAGGAGUCGUCUUUUUGCUUACGAAACUCCUUCGAGCAUGGGCAUAGUCAUAGGAUAUCCAUCAAACCUCCGGCGUUCGUCCAUCAAGCAAGUGUUGCGGAAAUAGCUACUGGCGAUCACAAGUCGACGUCCAGCGCUAGAAGAUCCAGUACUACCUAUGCACCCGAAAUGAAUCAUCAUGAAAAUGAGAAAGUUAACCGACUGUUUUCUUUAAUCACCAAAGGUGCUGGAUCCCAUACGAGUCAAGACAGUGCAAACCGGAAGAAAUCAGCGGGCUUCUAUCCCAACAGCUCGUGUGCAUCUGAGCCUAAUAGCAAUGGGACAUGGGGACACUUCGCCGACAAAAAGAAGAAACUAUUCACUGUCCGCCCGGGCAUCAAUGCACUUCGGCGAUUCAACCAUUCUAAACAAGUCCAUCAAGUAGACCAACCAAAACUACCCUCGAAUGCGAAUCGGAUAGACUACAUGAAUACUGUUAGAACUCGGUUCAAACUCAUCAGCUCCAAAAAGCUCUCCCUCAAGCCGAUCAACAAGGCCAUCGAGCCGGCACGUCGGGUCGACAUUCAUCGAGCAUCCGAAAUCGAUGGUCGAAGGAUGUCUUCCGUCCUGUUCGGUACGGCCUAGGAUCACCAUCUAUUGAUAAAUCAACUACCUCAAAUAUUCUGGUUUGACUACGCUCUCUCAGAGAUCUUGAAUAUAUUCAUAUUUUUCCAGCCAUAAAAACCUUCUUUUUUUCUUUUGUGAUGUAAAAUAGAUAAACUGACACCGCUCAAUGGGCUGAGUAGAGUGUCCUGUUUACAAGUGUUUCGAAGUUGAUACCUCAACAGUGUCUGAUUUGAUAUCCA